GGCGGGGCGGGGGCCGGGCCGGGCCGCGGGCACGGGCGGUGCAGGCCGCGGGGCAGCAGCGCCAUGCCGUUCGUGGAGCUGGACACCAGCCUGCCGGCCGAGCGGCUGCCGCCGGGGCUGGCCCAGACCCUGUGCGCCGCCGCCGCGGACAUCCUGGGCAAACCGGCGGAGCGGGUGAACGUGACGGUGCGGAGCGGGCUGCCCAUGGUGCUGUCGGGCUCGGCCGAGCCCUGCGCCCAGCUGGUGGUCUCGUCCAUCGGCGUGGUGGGCACGGCGGAGCAGAACAAGGGGCACAGCGCCCGCUUCUUCGACGUCCUGACGGCGCAGCUGGGCCUCGGCCCCGAUCGGAUUGUCAUCCGCUUUUACCCACUGGAGCCCUGGCAGAUCGGCAAGAACAGGACAGUCAUGACAUUCCUGUGAUCCUGGGAGCAGCUGCUGGAACAAAGCCAUGAUGAAGGCAACCCAGAGAUGAUCAGCUCUGUCUGUUUCCUUGUUUCCUCUUGUGAUCAAAUCUGUGUAGCUCGAUUCACUUUUGUCUUUGCAUCCUGUACACACAAAGCUCAAGACUGAGGCAAUCAACUGUACUGAUUUUACUGAAAUAGUUCAAAGUCUUUGUCUCAAGCUCAGGCCUAGACAAAGCUGCUUGUAGCAGUAAAAAGUUUAAUUUUAGAACAUUUGGCUUUACUGAGGACCAGAGAAGUUUUGAGGUUAAUUUAGUUUUUCUCAUAGUUUGAAAAGCAGUAAAAAAUCUUUUUUUUUCUGUUUCUCUGUGGCAGCAGAAGGGUGUCAGGCCAGCGAAGAUGACCUGGAAGUCAAAUUAUUUUCUUUUUCAGUUUCCCCUGAAAGCCCUUUCUGGAAAGAGAGGUGAUUACUGGGAGAGUUUAGGCAUUGCAGGCUCAUGUCAGAUCUUGUGCUCUGUGCUCUGCCAUUGCCACCUCCUGUGACUGCUCCUGCAAAGUGUUACUUGUUCACAAGGUUUCCGGGGCUUAACGUCUGUCUGCUGAUGGCAGUGUCUGGAGGAGGGAGUCACUUCUGAAGACCUGCACUGUGCCACCUGAAAAUAUUUUGAAGUUUCUGCUACUGCCAGCUUUAAUUCCUGGUGUUCACUGUUCAGAGUCCUUUUCCUUGCUAUUAUGAGGAGUUUUGAGAUGAUACAGCACCUCACUGUGAUCUGUGGCUGAUGUUUCUGGCUCAGUGUACCUGCAGAGAAGUGUUUUAGGUUUUUAGGAUCCAUAUACUCCCUCACUUUGUAACUAGAAUACACAGGGCAUUUUAUUAAAACAAAAGCAGGGUACUUUUUGUGUACGAUGUUGCCUCUGCCUUCUGCUGCUAAUAAAAUAAUUUAUCAGUUCCCUUUCA